AUGCCGAAACGGAAAGCUACGUCAAACCUAUCUGGAAUCGUUGACGGGGGGAUCGACGAUGAUGGGUUUUUGAGUGCUGCCGACCAGCACGAUGUUGCUUCUCCGCCGGCGAAGCGCAUGAGGGGUCGGCCCAAGUCAACUGCGACUCAAGCGACGAAGACGAAGACAACUACAAGAAAAGCGCGUUCCACCGUCGUCGUGGGACCGAAGCGACGCGGAGCGAACGGCGCGACGGCAGCAAAGCAGAGAAAAGCAAAUGAAGCGCAGAUAGCCAAUGCAGAAGCUGCGCAUACUUUAGAAGAAGACGAAGAGGCUAGUGAUGACGCACAUCAAUUGUCAGAGGAUGAACUUGACUCUCCGGAAACCACGGCGACAGUGCCUCCAAAGCAGGAAGUCAAGGCAGCGGGACGACGUGGGAGGAGAGAAGAACCGGAGAAGGAAGUUGUGAAGGAUGGUGAAUUUGAAUAUACUCCUACGGGCACACGAGGGAAUAAGCCCGCGCCAAAAUCGAGACGGACGGGAAAGCGGACGGCCCUGGUGGCACGAACCCCUUCCGCAGAACCAGAAACAGAAGAGCAGCCUAUUGGUGAGCACGGCCAAGAGGAGGAUUCGUUUGACAUUGACGAAGCGGCUGUUGCAGAAGCCGAAGAGAGCGAUUCCUCCCUUCCACUUCCAUCUCCGCUGAAAAGAUUCUUAAAGGGAAUUCCAGAACCAGCACCCGCCGCAACGCCCUCCAAGGGACGGAGAACGGGGAGUAAUUUAGAUACAGGAAAUGAAUCCAACGAAGCCAUGUUAAAGCGGAAGCUGACCGAUGUUUCUAAAAAGUUGGAGAGCAUGGAAGCAAGAUACCGCAGUUUAAGACAAGUAGGCAUCGUUGAAGCUAGCGCCAAUGUCGAAAAGCUACGAAAGCAAUGUGAAAGCAUGACUGCAGAUGAACUCGCUACACAAACGGAAUUAGCCCAACAAUCGCAAACCCUCCGAGCUCGACUCUCUGAACGAGAUGAUGAAGUUUCUGAACUCAAAUCCAGGGUUGGGAGCAUGUCCUCUGAUCUGAGUAAGGCUCAAAAUGAAAUCAAAGCCUUACAAGCUAAACUCAUGGCUGCUCGAAAUGCGGCCACGAAUGAAAAGCCGAAGGCUCCUGGCAGCACGGGUAAAGGAGGCCGAGCUACUAUGGCUGCCAAUGCCGAAUCGGCACAAGCACUUCAGAUCGCUCAAUUAAAAGAAGACCUCUAUAGCGAUCUGACAGGUCUGAUCGUCCGUGAUGUAAAGGCAAGGGACGGAGAUUAUUUGUACGACUGCAUCCAAACUGGACUCAAUGGGACUCUACAUUUCAAAUUGGUCGUUGCCGAUGAUUCUGAUAACAAAAUUACGACUGAUCUUGAAGCAGCAGAAUUCCAAUACAUGCCUCUUUUGGACGAUAAUCGUGAUCGAAACCUCUUGGAAAUCUUACCUGAAUAUCUUGCAGUGGACAUUACCUUCUCGAGGCAACAUGCUUCAAAGUUCUACAGUAGGGUUGUGGAUACCCUCACUAAAAGACGGAUAGAUGACAGCUAG